GACUGGCUCUGAGGCGAGAGCUGCGAGGCGCGUCCUGUGCGGCUGAAGGGAUGGCGGAGCGGAGCUGGUUCGAAGCGGGGGGUUCUCUGCUGGAAAGGGUCGCGGCCGGCAGCCCGCUCUCCCUGCUUCUGGCCGCUUCUGCUUUUGCUCUGAGCUUGGGCUACUUGUUGCAGCUCGGCUCUCGCCAACAGCGACAGUCUGGUAGCAGCCGGAAGUAUCCACCUUACAUUCCAUCAAAUAUCCCUUUUUUGGGACAUGCAAUUGCAUUUGGAAGAAAUCCUAUCCAAUUUUUAGAAGAUGCCUAUGAAAAGUAUGGGCCUGUAUUUAGCUUCACUAUGGUGGGAAAGACCUUCACCUAUCUCGUGGGCAGUGAUGCAGCUGCUCUCUUGUUCAAUGGUAAAAAUGAAGAGUUGAAUGCAGAAGAAGUGUAUUCACGGCUGACCACUCCUGUCUUUGGCAAGGGAGUAGCUUAUGAUGUACCCAAUGCAGUAUUUUUGGAACAGAAGAAGAUGCUAAAAACUGGGCUGAAUAUAAAUCAAUUUAAAAAUCAUAUAUCAAUAAUUGAGAAAGAGACUAUAGAAUACUUUAAAACUUGGGGAGAUAAAGGAAAAAGAAAUUUGUUUGAAGCACUUUCAGAACUAAUCAUUUUGACAGCAAGCCACUGUUUACAUGGGAAGGAAAUAAGAAGCAUUCUCAAUGAGAAAGUAGCACAGCUCUACGCUGAUUUGGAUGGGGGAUUUACUCAUGCUGCGUGGCUCUUACCAGGGUGGCUGCCUUUACCCAGCUUCAGAUGCAGAGACAGAGCCCAUCAUAAAAUAAAAUCUAUUUUCUAUGAAGUAAUUCAGAAACGACGACAGUCUUUGACAAGAGAGGACAACAUGCUGCAAACACUACUGGAUGUUACUUACAAAGAUGGUCGCCCUCUAACAGAUGAUGAAAUUGCUGGGAUGCUUAUCGGAUUGCUUUUAGCAGGCCAGCAUACAUCUUCAACCACCAGCACUUGGCUUGGCUUCUUUUUGGCUAGAGAUAAAUCAAUACAGGAACAGUGUUAUGAGGAACAGAAAACUGUGUGUGGAGAAGAUUUACCUCCACUGAACUAUGAUCAGGUCAAGGAUUUGAAUUUGCUGGAUCGUUGCUUGAAAGAAACAUUAAGACUUAGACCACCUAUAAUGACCAUGAUGAGGAUGGCUAAAACUCCCCAAACUGUUGCUGGUUAUACAGUUCCACCUGGUCAUCAAGUUUGCGUAUCUCCUACUAUCAAUCACAGACUUAAAGACUGUUGGGUGGAAAAUUUAAAGUUCAAACCAGAUCGUUACCUUCAAGAUAAUCCUGCAGCUGCAGAAAAGUUUGCAUUUGUGCCAUUUGGUGCUGGUCGUCACCGUUGCAUUGGAGAGAACUUUGCAUAUAUUCAGAUUAAGACAAUUUGGUCAACACUUCUGCGUUUAUAUGAAUUCGAUUUAGUGGAUGGAUACUUUCCUACCAUAAAUUAUACAACUAUGAUUCAUACACCUACUAAUCCAAUAAUUAUAUACAAAAGGAGAUCACAAAAUAAGACACAUACAUUGUAGAGAAACUCUUCUAGAUCAGCUAAAGAAGAGGUUGAUCAGUGCCUGUAAUGUAAUUUGUGAAGAAAUUUGAAAUUUUGCGCUACAAUUUGCCCUGUUUUAUUUCAUGUUUCCAUAACCUGAACGUGUUUGAGCUUAUUUUGCUUUUUGUUAAAGAUCUUACUAAACUUAAUUUCAGAGGUUCAAAGAUAACAAAUGGAUGCAAAUAGAUUCUUUAGAAACAUAAGAUGUUUCCAUAUCAUUUAAAUAUGGAAAAAAAGUAACACUAUCAUUGAAUACUGAAAUACAAAGCCAACUUCAGAUUAUUAUAACUUUGUAAACAUUGGCAUAGUGGACUUCUCUGUGACUAACAAGAGACUCCUUCAAGGACUGCUGCUGUUAACAUAUUUUCCAGAAGUGAUAUUGUUUCUUCUUAAAAUCAAAUUUUAAUCAUUUUUUAAAAAACAGAGUUUUAAAAUCACUGAGGAAAAACAAAUCUUGUUGCCUUCAUCUCAAAGACUGUGACUCCUGAAGCCUAAUAUGAUAGGUUAAUAUAAUGCGCAGUCUGUUCCAAGUAUCAUAUGGAAUAUUUGCUAUUACAUACGUCAUCUCUGUCUGAAGGAUACAGCAAUAAAGCCUUCAGGAUUUUUAAAAUAUUAAUUUGUUAAGGUGAUUAGUGAGUUACUAGUAGCUCUUUUGCAGAAACUUGGAAUGUUUAGUCUUUGUUACAUGGUGACUAGGAGUAUUAAUUGGUUAUGGUGAUUAGUGAAAUAUUAGCAGCUCUUCUGCAGAAACUUGGAAUGUUUAGUCAUUGUUAUGUGACUAGGGAUAUAGAAUAUUAUUUGUAUAAUGGAAAAAAGUUGUCAUUUGACCUUCAAUAAUGUUUUUAAUUAAAGAGAGUGAAAGUUG